UGGAGGUUUGGCGGAGGUUGUCUAGAUCCAGGCACCGUGGUUCUCGCUCGCCUCCCCAGUAGCUCCUCCGUCCCGCUGAGGCUUUGCUGCUCUGGGCAUGUGUGCACCGCGUUCACCGCGCGCCCCGGGUUGCUAGCUUCUUUGGGGCUUUCUGCCUGCGCGCCCCGCACCUGGCCGCGGCCUCGGAGCCCGGCUCGCGCUAAGCGCGGGGCGCGCCUCGCUGGGUUGGUCGGCUCUGCGCGCCAGGCGCGAUCCGCUGCAGUCAUGGGGCUCCAGCCCUUGGAGUUCAGCGACUGCUACCUCGACAGUCCUUGGUUCAGGGAGAGGAUCCGCGCCCACGAAGCGGAGCUCGAGCGCACUAACAAGUUCAUCAAAGAACUCAUCAAGGACGGGAAGAACCUCAUCGCUGCAACUAAAAGCCUCUCUGCGGCCCAGCGGAAGUUUGCUCAUUCGCUCAGAGACUUUAAGUUUGAGUUCAUCGGUGAUGCAGAGACUGAUGACGAGCGCUGCAUAGAUGCCUCCUUACGUGAAUUUUCAAAUUUUUUGAAGAAUCUGGAAGAGCAGAGAGAGAUUAUGGCAUUAAGUGUAACUGAAACCCUGAUUAAACCCUUGGAAAAAUUCAGAAAAGAGCAACUUGGAGCUGUAAAGGAAGAAAAAAAGAAGUUUGACAAAGAGACAGAAAAGAACUAUAGCCUAAUUGAUAAACAUUUGAACUUAUCAGCAAAAAAGAAAGACUCACAUUUACAAGAGGCAGAUAUCCAAGUGGAGCAGAAUCGGCAGCACUUUUAUGAGCUGUCUCUUGAGUAUGUAUGCAAACUUCAGGAAAUCCAAGAAAGAAAGAAGUUUGAGUUUGUGGAACCUAUGCUGUCCUUUUUUCAGGGAAUGUUUACUUUCUAUCAUCAGGGCCAUGAACUUGCCAAAGACUUCAAUCACUACAAAAUGGAACUACAGAUCAACAUUCAGAAUACACGGAAUCGUUUUGAAGGGACAAGAUCAGAGGUGGAAGAACUUAUGAACAAAAUCAGACAGAAUCCCAAGGACCACAAACGAGCAAGUCAGUUUACAGCAGAAGGCUACCUGUAUGUACAAGAAAAAAGACCUGCUCCAUUUGGUUCCAGUUGGGUGAAACACUACUGCAUGUAUCGGAAAGCAGCCAAGAAGUUCAACAUGAUCCCAUUUGAGCACAGAUCUGGGGGAAAACUUAUAGGGGAUGGAGAGGUCUUCUUUUUGAAAGAAUGUACCAAAAGGCAUACUGACUCCAUUGACAGACGUUUUUGUUUUGAUGUAGAAGCUGCUGACCGGCCCGGCAUUUCUUUGACCAUGCAAGCAUUUUCGGAAGAGGAGAGGAAGCAGUGGUUGGAGGCUCUGGGUGGAAAAGAAGCUCUGUUCCAUAGUUUUAACAGAGCCAUCCCAAGACCAGAAGGAAGUGCACAGUUGGAUCAGACAGGAUUCACAAUUCUCAGAAAAUGCAUCAGUGCAGUUGAGGCACGAGGUAUAAAUGACCAAGGACUGUACAGAGUUGUGGGGGUGAGUUCAAAGGUCCAGAGACUUCUGAGUAUGUUGAUGGAUGUAAAAACAUGCAAUGAGGUGGACCUGGAGAAUUCCGUAGAUUGGGAAGUGAAGACAAUAACAAGUGCCCUGAAACAGUAUUUGAGGAGUCUGCCAGAACCUCUCAUGACCUACGAGUUGCAUGGGGACUUCAUUGUUCCAGCCAAAAGUGGCAGUCCAGAAUCUCGUGUCAAUGCUAUCCAUUUCUUGGUACACAAACUGCCAGAGAAAAAUAAAGAGAUGUUGGAUAUUUUGGUGAAACAUUUAACAAAUGUUUCAAAUCACUCCAAGCAGAACCUAAUGACUGUGGCAAAUUUAGGAGUGGUGUUUGGACCAACUCUGAUGAGGCCACAGGAAGAAACUGUUGCUGCCAUCAUGGAUUUAAAGUUUCAGAACAUUGUCGUGGAAAUCUUAAUUGAAAAUCAUGAAAAGAUUUUCAGGACCCUGCCUGAUGCCACGUUCCCUGAGCCCGUCUCCCUGUCGUCAUCGCCCCCGAACGCUCCCCCCAGGCAAUCCAAGAGACAGGGACAGAGGACUAAGAGGCCCGUGGCUGUGUAUAAUCUUUGUCUUGAGUUGGAAGAUGGUGAUGGCCCCAACCCACCUAGGGAGGGCACCCCGAGCAGCAGCCUAGACUCGCUUUCCUCCCCACCUCCGACCACUGCACCCGGACAUGGGCUUCCUGGACUAGACAAAAACCACCUUCUUGCCGAUGGAGAUGGCUUUGGGGACUGGGGAUCCGCUGUCCCAAGCCACACCCGGUCAUCUAUGGUCCAGUGGCUUAAUCUGCAGUCUCUGGCCACACCAAGCACCAACCCAGCUGCUACACCUCCUUCGCCAAAGUCGACAGCUUUCCCUCUUCCUCCUCCUGCCACCGUAGCAGACAAGCCCCCUGAAAGCUCCCUUUCCAGCGUCACCAAUCGGAAGGCUCGAGCGGUGUAUCCAUGUGAAGCAGAACACAGCUCUGAAUUAUCUUUUGAAAUAGGAGCAAUUUUUGAGGACGUGCAAACCUCGAGGGAACCUGGCUGGCUGGAAGGGACGCUGGAUGGCAAGAGAGGGCUGAUUCCACAGAAUUACGUCAAGCUGCUGUAGCUGCACUGCCUGGGACCCAAGGACCUGCUUCGGGGCAGCGGGCUGCCUUCCUCCUCACGUGGAUGGAGCCCACGCCCCCCCUUGCCACACAGGAAUUACAGAUCAUGGAUUGACACUUGAGGGGUGGGGGGCAGGGGUGAGCCAACAUACAGGGAACAGAGCUCUGUAGAUUUUUGGAGUGGGAGAAGAAUAUCAGGAUUAACAGAAUAGACACUUCAUUUGUUAAGCAUCGAGCCUCCUGAUUUUUAAUUACCCAGCUUCUAGAAGGAGAGGGAGGGCCUUCUGCUGACCCAGACUCCCCUCUGGCCUUCCCAGCACCGGACGCGUUCCUCCCACGCUCCUCCACUGAGACGCCCCAGGAGCCUCCUCUGCACGGGGUGUGUCGCUGCCAGCUGCACCCCUGCCUCUGUCCUGUGCAGGGACUCCGCUGGCAGGCAGGGGGAUCGGUCUGAACCCAGAACAAAGGAGAGAUGCUCUUCAAGCCCACGUCAGGACAGCCACCCUCCUCAGCUGCCUCUGGACCCGACCCCACACCCACUCCCCUGGACAGAGCACACUGGCAUAUUUAUAACAGGCUUCUCGUUGGUGCUUCUCACCCGUGUGCUGUUUUCCAAACACCACCCUUGUGCCCCAAGGUCUCUGUAAAUGAAAUAAAAUGUAAUUUACUGUU